AUGGAUUCUUUGCGACCCACGGUGCAGCAGCUCAUGAAAUACUUCGCCAAGCAUACUGAGAUCCCGAACGCUGGCGACAGCUGUCGUUCUCCAGACGACCGCAUGCGACGGCUGAGCGUCUUGAGAUGCUGUCAGACGGGGAAGGGCGAUGAAGUGGACCUGGUUGUGUCCUUUGUCGCGCUCCUGCGCGCCUACGGCAAGCGUGCGCGGCUGGUGAGGAGCUUCCAAUUAAGGUUGGAACUCCUGAGCAUGGUGCGGCAGUUAGGGGGCGAUGCCUCCUUCAAAACCCAGAGUCUGAUGGGUGAACUGGGCGUUGGGCUCUCUGUGAGCCUAGCUGCGGAGAAGGCAUCUCUUCCAGAGGCAGACUAUGCUGAUUGUUUGGCCUAUGCUUGUAUGCAGAAGCCCAGUUCGGCGAUGGAUACCUGGGUGGAGUUUUUUGACGAAUUUUCAGGAGAUUGGUGUGCUGUGGACCCGGUGGCUUGCGUGAUUUGUCCCACGUUGUCGGGUCAUUGGCUGCACCGCCCGGAAGGCUACACCAUAGCGGCAGAUGAUGCCCUGAAAGGGAAGGAGUAUUUCUACCUCACUGAUUUGACGGAGAGAUACCAAUUCCACUGGAGGGACGUGGACAAAGAUCUGUUGAGCGAAGCGGAGCAGGACACCGUGAGGAGGAAGGCAUGGUGGAAGUCGUAUUUGAAGGCCCACACUGAGCUUGAGAAUUGCUUGGACUUGGUGCCCAGGUGCCCCGAGGAAUGUGAGCUGGUGUUGCAGGUCGAAUUUCGAGGGCGGAAGGCGCAUCCACUGCAUCGCCGCGCUCAAAAAAAGAGACAGGCGACAAAGAGGGUGCACCGCAAAAGAGGCAUCAGCGAUGUUCCAAGUGUGGAGCCGCUUGAGACUGCCGUUUUGUCGGAGCCAUCCCUGUCGCCGGAGCCGGUGGAGGUCCCACAGGUCCCGAAAAAGAAGUUCCGGAAGGUGCUGUCCAAAGUUCGACGGCGCGGCGUCAAGAAAGGUCUCCGGAAGCCGGGACCGAGGCUGUACCAAAGCAGAGGCAUUAGCGGAUUUCCAAGCGUGGAACCCUUUGAAGAAAAUGCGCGCCAGUUGCAAAGACACCUGGCAACAGCAGGAUUGGCGCCCUGGAGCGCCAGCCAGAACUCCCAGGAGCGCGAACUUGCUGCCUUUGUGGAGAACGUGAAGAAACUGAGAGCCUUAGGCAGGCUGAAGAGUCACGUGCAGAAAAAGCUGAUGGAUUGCUGUCCCCUUUGGAAGAACCUGGAGGUGGGUUUUGCGGCCAAGGUGGCGACAAAGGAGGUCUUGCAGGCUGGCCCAAUGAUGGCAGAGCACUCCCUGAAAUCCAGGGGCUGCAUCGACCUGAAAUCCGUCCGAGCUGCGUUGCAGCUGAGCAGAUGUCAAGACCCCGCAGAGCGAAGGAAUUUGUUGAGGAAGCUCCAAGUGAGUUUUCACCCUGACAAGAACCGAGACCAAGAGGAGGCCUCUCGAGAGAUGUUUGAAUUGGUUCAGAAGAUGUGGGAAAAGGAGUUCAAAUAA